CCAUGACAGAAAGAAGUCUGGUCCCGAGCCUCGCGCUCAGCACGGUGAUGCUCCUUGUGUUCAGUUGUACUGUGAGCGUCCUGGGCAAGGUGUACACGUCAUCCUACAAGGUGAUGAAUAUGGUCAGACAGGAGGAAACCCUGCUACAGGACCUUCACGUGGAUGUGCUGGAGUUGGGAGGUGGAGAGAGGCUUGUCGAAUUCUCUAAAUUCUUCGUAGAGCGCAUGUCUUUGAUCGAGAAACGUGAAGUGGAGAAGGAAGUGGAGAUGAUCAGCCACCCGAACGGUUGUUACAAGUGCAUCAAAGAAUUUUCCGAGGCCUACAAUAAGCUGAGGGAAAUCUUAGACCCGUCAAGUUCUGAAAGCCUGAGGGAGCACAUGGAUUUCUUUGCGUCAGAGGAAGAUGUAAAAGGAGCUCGAAGGUCUUUCAUUCGUUUACAAAAUCAAGAUACUCAUUUUUGAGAUCAUUAGAAUGGCUGAAUGUGACCCUUGACCUGCUGAGCAACGAAUCCUCUAGUCCGGAGGAAGAUCCCCAAGAACGAUGCCCCCACGAAAGUUCUGUCCUUGGUCUCAAAGGCAGGGCUCUCUUCCGAGACGAGUUCGACCCUCGACUCCGGUGUAUGUACCGCCCUGCGUCCUUACGGCCGCCCUACCUCCGCUACAAGCAAGAGCUCUUGUCGGUCUCCCCUUACGUGGCCCUGUUCUAUGACGUCAUGUCUGAUGUCGAGGGAGACGUUAUUACAAGCACAGUGAAGGACAAAACACUUUCUCUAUGACUUCGAGUCUCCUGCUGUCGCCAAGAUAGGACAACGGAUAUCUGCAAUAACAGGCCUGAAUACAGAACAAGAAUGGGACAACGUUCACUAUGCAGGAGAACCCCUUCAGAUUUUGAACUAUGGUUUGGGAGGCCACUACGCGACUCACACAGACACAUUCUCUGAGGAACAAAAGCAUAAGCUAGGAGCAACAGCACUUGAAAAUGGCAACAGGAUUGCUACAUUUCUCAUUUAUUUGAGCGAUGUGGACAAAGGAGGAGCAACAGUUUUCCCCUUCGCAGAUCGAGCUGUUUCCCCCGUGAAGAACAUGGCUCUCUUCUGGUACAGCUUGGAACCAUCUGGAAAAUUGGACAAAGCUACAGACCACUCGGGCUGUCCAGUGAUGGUGGGACACAAAUGGGUGGCCAACAAGUGGAUGUGGACGUACGGGAACACCUUCACUAGGCGCUGUGGUCUCACGAAGGACGCCACACAGCUGGACAUUGACCGCUACAUGAUACACGGAUGGACGUAGCUCCAACAGCCCCUCCUCACAUGGCUUAAACAUCGCGCAAAAUAUCAAGGGGCGUGAUGAUAUUCCAAUAGUUUUGUCCCUGAGUGGCGUAAAAAUAAUAUAAAUAUGAUGUAAAUCAAAAUGCUGUCGAAUUUGUCCACACAGCUGACCAUUGUCGAUGAGAAAAGUGCGGGGGAGGGGGGGGGUGACAAGGGGACAUCUUGGACAGUGUCAUUAUAACAUAAACACAAGGGGGUGGGGGUGGGUGAGAAGUGGUCAUUUGUACAUGGUUGUCCUAGACAGGUGUCCAUUAGAGAGGGACUGUACAUAAAGUAAUGAUAUAUCUCGUAUUUCUGUCUGAUGUAUUACAGAAGUCUAACAUACUUUACAUUCGCUCUUUGUGGGUCGCCAUACUGCGGUGCUUCAGUGCCUUUCUUUACACAUUUGGGCAUUGUGCUGAUAUUUAUAGCACAUAGAAAGUUAAAAUACUCGUCGUUAUUUAUAAUGAACUUCUCUGUAUUUUUAGCUUUAUUCCGUGAUUCUUGUAUUGUAAGUUACUCUGCAAACGCCGUUUAAAGUGUUCGCAGUUUUGAUUGUUUGAAUCUCACCCACUCGUAGCAAACGAACUUGAUAAGUGAAAGUCCUCUUGAGCCAUUCACUCGGAACUUAACUGGGCUACUGCUUACAUCCGAGGUUUCCAUUUUCUGUUGGGCCAAAUGUAGGUCCUUGAGACAGCAUGUGUGAAAGGCGCUUAUUACUUAUUUCAACAGCGAUCUUAAGUAGUCUUCUAGUUUUGGGAUCCGUUUAGUUUUACCCUGUCUUCAAUUCAUUCGUUAUGCAACGAAGAGGCGAAGAGAGAUUUCCACUUCGUUUUCGAAGCUAACUUUGCACUGAAGAGGCAACUUUUAAACGACAUUGAGCCUACUCCAUUGGGAUCUCGUGCAUUGAUAGGUAUUUUUUUUUGCUUUGUCUUAUCGAAUUUAGCUGGGCAUGCUCCUCGUGCCAUUCAGAGACGAGACUUCUUAAAAGUGCGAGGCUUUUUGUAAAAUAAAUAGCGAAAAAAAAACACACA